CCCUUUUCAGAUUGUAGGAACCAAACAUUAAAGACUGAGGAAAACCAGGCGACAGGUGAAAAAGUUGAAACAGAAUAUGGCCUAAGGUUGUUCGUCGGCGGAAGCAGCAGUAAGCAAUAAGAAACCCCAAGCGAGAUGUCGUCCUCGAUCUGUUCGCACUUCACCCAGAAUGCCUGGAAGAAGGAUUUGUGCUCGAACUGCUUCAAGUCCAAGGACGAGCACAAGGCGGCCGCUGCAGCCAAACUGGGUGGCGGCCAUAAGCCAGACAGAGAGGUGAAAACGGAUUACCCCAACAAGCACAAGACCCCGGCGAAGAGCAUCAUUAAGAAGGCCUUCGGCGUACGACUGACCAGCAGCUCAAGUUCCACCUCCACUUCGACCUCUGCCAGUGGAAGCUCCUCAAAGUCCCUUAACUCCAAGGGUGGCAAGGUGUGCUUUCCCAAGCAGCUGCACGAGGUCAUCGGCUAUGGGGGAGAGUGGUCGGAGGACGAUGAUGACGACGAUGACGAUCACGACUUCAUGAAUCUUGGCAAUGAGCACGAUGACAUGGCCAUCACGGAAACGGAUGACGAGGAGACGGUGGAGCUGAAGAGGAUUACCAGGGCCAACACCGACUUCAAUAUGAACAAUGGCAAUCUGCUGGGCGAUGCGGAGGAGAAUAUCAAGAAAUCCUUUGCCGCUUUGAAAUUGGGAGCUCCUCAGGUGGACAAGGAGGGCAAAAAGCAGACGCUUACCAUCAAUGUGAUGCCUUUUGGACAACCCAUUGGUAAAACGACGGCCACUCCUGCUAAAAGUGCCCCAGUGGAAAGCAAAAGCACAGCAGCAACAUCAGUUGCAACAUCAUCAUCAUCAUCGGCUGGAGCAGCAACACCAGUCAAAACCAAGCCAGCCAGCAUAACCACAACCACGACAGCCAUCAAAAGUAGUACUACUACGGUAGCUACUGGAACCACCAGUGUUACCAAAAAGGUUACUACCACCUUAACACCCACACUAACCAUGGCCAAAAGCGGGCAGGCAGCAACCACAAAUUCUUCUCGAGAUGGUAAGGAUAGUCCGCCCAUAGAGCGAGCCAUGGAGAAGUCGCUGCUGGACGAGAUCUCCGAGACUCUGGAGCAGAAGCAGAAGCUAAAUGAGACCACUACAACUUCUGGUAGCAACAACAGCAACAUCUCCACUUCCACCAGCAACAACAGUAAGAUCAAAUUCGAGCUGACUGCGCUGAGUGAUUCCCCGAAGCCAUUUCUCGACCUUAAGAAGCCCAUCGCACGGAAUGCGCCCAUCACCAGGGACCAGACCAAACCCAAGGUGAAUGUGUGCCACAAAUACUCGGAUACGGACAGCAAUUGCUCGGAUACGGAGAAUGGUGUCUCGGCGUACUACGAUGUGGUGGAAACCCAACUGAGCUACGAGAAUCUGCCCGAUGGCAAGUACUCGGAACAGGUGGGCGUGGCCACGGCCGCCCAGACGGAGAGCUCAGGGAAUUCCCAUUACUCCAGCUCACAGUACAUCACCGACAUGCUCCUGAGCUCAAAGACCCGGGCGGCCAGCUACAACCUGCACGAGGGCAACUUCAUGACCAGCAAGAUAACCUCCGACGGCCUGAUUGUGACCAAGUGCAGUUCGGACGACGCUCUGGACUCCACGGGCAGCAGCUUUGAUGGCAGUUCCGAUGAGGAGAAUGCCUACAACAUGAUACGCAGUGAAUCGGACUCUGGCAUUGGCAUUAGCCUGGGCAGCGAGUACAAGAAUCUGGGCCUGGCCAAGGGAAUGGCCAUCAGCAGCGUGGCGGAGAAGAAGCUGAGUGCUAGCACCAAUAACUCGGACUACGAGGAUAUACAGAUUGGAGAUCAGGCUACGCCAAAACCGGCUGUCAAGAGCCGGGAGCUGCAUGGCGAACCCGAUGGCAGUGCCGAUCCGGACAACAGUUUGGAGCAGCAGAAGCAGAAGCAAACGACGACGAAGGAGGCGGAACAGCAGCAGCAGGUUCUCCCUGCGCUGCCCAAGUCACCGCCUCCACCGAUGAAGAUCGAUGCCAGGCCCUCGUUUCUGCAUGGUCUUAAAAAGCCCGAACUGCCAGUGAAACCUCUGGUCAAUCCCAAUAGUACCCAGAGUCCGAGCAACCAACUAAAGAGCUUCCUGGGUGGCAAGCGACAACCCAGCUGCGCCGAACAGCAGUUCAUUAGCCAGCUGCAGUCGGCCAUCUCGAAGUCCAGCGAGAGUCUACAGCUGGCCAAGGCGGAUCAUCUGGCCAGUCUAGCCGCCGACGAGGCCAAGCUGAAAAAGGGCAAAGCCCCGAAUCCGCCGCCAGAGCCAAAGCAGAGUGCUCCGCCCACGCCGGAGCGAGAUUACAGUCUGGUAGUUGAGUUCGAGCAGGCGACGAAGGCGGCAGCAAAGCCAGUCACGGAGAAGGCCACGUCAUCGGCUGAGACAUCAUCGACAGGAGAGAAACAGCCAACAGCAGGUGCAACAGCUGCAACAGUUGCAACUGCAACCAGCAGCAACAGCAACUUGUACACCAGGAAGCCAGCUCUUCCGGCGGCGGCGGUGGCAGCUCCUGUCAUCCGCGAGAAGGACAAACGCGAACGGGCCGUGAUUAACCCCAAGUUCCGGAGUCUCAACACCUUCGUGAUGCAGCGCGCCAAUGCGGCCAAGCAGAUGCAACUGCAGUCGGCCAGUUCGGUGCUGAGCCUCAAACAACCGAUGACGCCAGAGCCAACGCCCCGGAAUCAACGUCAUCUCUCCAUGUCGGAGGAAUGUCUGGCGGCUGCGGGUUUGGAUAAGAAAUCCCCGACGGCCUCACCGCCGCAGAAGCAAAAGUCCAAGUUCUCCAUCAAAAAGUUUCUGCGCAUGGGCAGCAAUGGAGGCGGUGGAGGCAGCAAGUCCGGUGAAUCUCUGGCCAAAAAGGAGGCCAGCAUCUAUACGGAAAUAUGCACGGGGACGGAGGAGGGCAAUGCCUCUGGGAAGCCACGAUUGGUCAUCAUCCAUCCCAUUGACAUUAAUCCCACGGCCGUGGAGGUGGUGAAGGAUAUCACCAAGACCAGUGACUCCGUUUCGGCCCAAACGGUGGCCGUGGUUACGGCCAAGCCCCCCGCCCCGCCCCUUCGAUCGAGCGCCAGUGAGGGACAGCGCGCCCACGAGGCCAACAAGCCGGCACGCCCACCGCCGCCCAAGAGCGCCGAGCUGAGGAGGAAGCAGAAGACCGAGCUGACCGCCACCCUCAGCGGAAGCAGCGUGGACUCCAGUGUCCUGCCACUCGCAUCCGGCAACGGAUCCGGAUCUGUGAAGCUGAAGGCCGACAACGUCUACGCCAAUUUGGGGGAAAUCCGCUCCUCGAUCGCCCCACGAAAACCGGAGCGCACGGCCAGUAUGCGGGAAAGGGAGGCCCAGCUGGAACUGGUGCGCAAGCGCGGAGUCCUCACCGACACUAUCUCCAUUUGCUCGUCAAACGGUGAGAAUGUAGCCACGGAUCAGGGCAAGGCGAUUUCCAAGACGAGUGCCAACACCACGGGCCAGGAGACAGGAAAGUCCGUAUCCGCGGCCAACAGUAGGACCAGCACCUUCGAGCGCCAGUCGCAGCCAAAGAAGAGCGAGCCGAAGAUGUCCAUCUCCAGCAAACUAGAGAUCUUCGAGCAGCGAACUCUGGAUGCCGCGGAUGCUGCCCAACGGAGCAGCCUCAAGGAUUCGGUGCGCAAGAUCAACAGCACCAUCGAUAGCUAUCUGAAGGACAAGCGCGACUAUGAGAAUAUGUAUGAGUUUGUGAAGAUGGGUUCUCCGCCGCCACCAACGGCCAAUGGCAAUACAACGCCCACGCCCUCCACUUCGUCCCCUCCGCCGCCACCCACGCGCAGUAACAUCGAUCUUUCCGUGGCGGGACAGAGACUAACGCAGGCCACGAGACGCAACAAUAAUAUCUACUCGGACACGGCCUCCAUUGCCAGUUACACGCGCAGCGAGUACGGACCGGUGCGAAACUACGGAUUGAACAACAGCUUGGCCAACAUUCCACGCAUCAUCUCGGCCUCAUAUGCGGGCAGUGAGGUGGGCGAGUUCGAUAUCUAUGCUCCGUACAGCUAUUACGGCAGCGAGGCGGGCGGCGAUGUGGCCACGGACAUUAACGACAGCGUCUGGGGCAUGCCACAGGCCAACAAGAACCGCAGCAAGGCCACGAAUCGUUUGCGCAUGCGCAAGGGACGCAGUGUCGUGCACAAGACCAUCGAGGAUAACUACACCGCCGUGGUGGUGGCCAAUCACGAGGCCCUCGCCCAGGUGCUAGAUCAGCUCCAGCAAACGCCAGUCGUUCCGGCUGCCCUGCGUCCUCUGGCCAAUGCCAUCAACUUGCGCUACGAGGACUUCACCAUUCUGGAGGGCACCCAGGCCUUUGUGGUGGGCAAGAAGGCCUUCCAUGCGGCCCUCUGGAGCUCAUCGCCGGUGACCCUGGCCCUCUCGGCUGACUGCAACCAACUGGCCGGCGUGGGUGGUGAACUCAGCCAGCUGACAGGCGGUGUGAGCGAUGUGCUCAAUCCGGUGACCGAAUUCUGUGACCUGGUGCCCAGCUACCAGUUGCCACUGAUGCCCUCGACGGAGGUCACCCUGCUGCAGGCCACCAUCUCAGUGCUGCCGCGAUUGCAGCUAGAGACUCUCCAAUCGAUCGGUUCAAUACUCAAGGGCAAGUCGCAGGUGCUGGACAAGAGCAACUUCAACUUCCGCGGCUCCAUUCCGAAUCUCAGUGGGCUGAAGGAGGGAAACGGAACGCUGGCCGGGAAUCUGAGGAAUGUGGUGUCGGUGCAGAAUCUGAGUACGCUGAACGAGGAAUCCUCGGCCACGUCGAUGGGUGCCGAGGAUGGGUCGGUGAAUGCGAAUGCCAUGCCAGCAUUCGAUGAUGUGAUGACGCGCGAGGUGGCCUUUAUCAUGCUGCAGCUGGUCAACGGAAUGAAGAACCUGCAGGCCAAGGCGAUCGAGGAGACGCCGCUCAGUCUGUCCAAUGUGGUGCUGUCCAAGGACAUGGACAACAAGGACGCCCAGGCGCGACUCUGCGUGCUGCAGGGAAACAACAAUGACGAUGACGAGCCCAUGGGCACGCUGUGCAAGUGCGCCCACUCCGCCCUGACUGACAUGCUGCCCGCCACAAAGAUCACGCCCAUCCUGGCGGACAUCCUGCAGCAGGAGCGAGCCGAGUCCCUGUCCAAGGCCAAGGCCGUGCUGGAGUUUGUGCUCUGGGGUCCCUCGGAUGUGGCGCUCACGGGCUCCAUCAAGGAGCGGGAACUGGCCCUUCAGCGGUGGCUGGAUCUGGAACGGGCCACCGUUCUCCACGGUCUGGUGCGAACCCGGGUCGAGCUGACCGUCUACGACGAGUGUCAUCUGAUGUUCCUCGUCCGCUCCACGGCCAAGAUGAUGAACGAUGCGGCCAAGAUCGUGUGCAACUACCAGCAGACGAACGGAUCGUCUGCCAGCCAGGAUUAGUUAGGCACCAGUUAAUCUGCUAGUUAACCCUGCUCAAUGCUAAAGGAAUUAUCUUAUAAAUAUAUACUAUACGAAACUGUCAUAGACACUUAGUCCUUAGAGUCAACGAACGAUAUCUUCUGAAUCGCCCCAUAUAAUCCAUACUAUACAUAUAUAUCUUUGCCCAGCGUGCCAAAUUGUUUCGCGCGGAAAUUGUCAUGUAAAAAUAUGCUUAUCGUAUGCAAACUCAAACGAUUUGCUUUGUGCAACUUUAAUUAAUUUGUAAUCUAAUGUUAAGUCAUUAAUCUAAACGAAUAUUUAUAUUUCCCUAUACGAGUACGUAAAUCUGUAUACUUCAUCAGAUUGCAACUAUUAUCUAUGAGUAUGCCAACAAUUUGAUUAGUAAAACAAAACUUUUUGGUGUUUGAACAAAUACAUAUAUGGUAAACCUAAAUAAACUACAGUCUAAAUAAAUAAAUGGAAA